GCGGUGCGCGCGCGGAGGCAGAGCAGCGUUCAGAGUCCCAGCCCGGCACGGACAGGUUCAGCGACGUCCUCUAUCCUAACCGGACUCCGCCACAGGACGCGGGCAAAACGAAGGAAGAACGCAGUUUUUUUUUAAAGCGCCCCUCUUAUUUGACCGUUUAACGACAGGAGUGCGUUUACCGGGAACUUUGGUCCUCAGAGCAGCCGUUACUGGAGCAUGGAAGCCGGCGUGUAGAGAAGUGCGUCAGCCCCAAACUUCAGACUUUUACAGCAGGUUUAUUUUAAAAACUAACCUGCAUAAAACUUUUAAAACCCCCGCUCCUUAUGGACUCAGGUUGUUUCCCAGUGUUGUUUCACACAGGCUAAACAUUUUUAAACUACUCAGUUGCUCCUAGUUGAAAGCAAAGCCCAGCAGAGCCGGGACGUGGAUGUAUUUCCAGCCAUGGAUGUAACAGUUUACCCACCUCCUCCUCAGCCUCUGUCCGCCUCAGAACACACCAGACUGGGCCAGCUCUCCUACCCUGACCCGCCGUUUGGGACCAGCAAGCUGGAUGGAGAGACCAUGUUCCUGGGUAUGCAAGAAGCAGGCCUUGAUUUCACCUCAACAAAUCAGUUUCGUGUGCCACAACCCCCUCAUCCGCUCAUGAAGGUUACACCACCAAACCCACCCUCACACCAAUGGAGGAGGGAUGCACACAUGGCCGACAUACAUCGUCUCACCUGGUCAUAUCCAGUGAAUGGUUUGAGCGAUGAGGAUUUCAACAUCCCACCCAUCACACCUCCCACAUUACCAGACCACAUGCUGCCCCCUCACCUGCCCCAUGAUUCUUCUGGACUGUACCACUCUGUGGAGCCCCCAUCCAGUUCAGCUCCACACCACCACCCCUUCCAGCUGCAAGCUGUGGAGCUGUCUGGCAUGCCUGGCAGGCAGGAUGGAGCUGCUGUUCUGAACCAAGAUAGUGGCACGUUCAGCCCUGGAGGCGGACCCAUGACCAGUACUCUGUCUGUGAUGCAGCAGAUGGUAAACUCGGAUUCUCGGUUUACCUGCAGCCAACAACCAAUCAAAGCAGCACUUGGACCAAGGAGCCAGUCGGGUCUAAACCAUCAAAACCAGUUGUCUACCAUCAACCAAUCCCAGCUGGGGCUGAACGGGAACCCUGUUAACCACAACUCCCCCUCUCCUCCUGGAAGUAAAUCCACCACACCGUCUCCAGCCAGUUCAGCGCAUGAGGAUGACAAUGAUGACGGACUCAGGGGAGAGAAACGUCCCGCAUCAGUCGACAUCUCAAAGAAACCCAAAACACCAAAGAAGAAGAAACGCAAGGAUCCCAAUGAGCCAGUGAAGCCGGUUUCAGCCUACGCCUUGUUCUUCAGGGACACCCAAGCCAACAUCAAGGCCCAGAACCCCAACGCCACCUUCGGGGAGGUGUCAAAGAUUGUGGCCUCCAUGUGGGACGGCCUGGGAGAAGAACAGAAGCAGGUUUACAAGAAGAAGACUGAAACGGCUAAGAAGGAGUAUCUGAAACAGCUGGCUGCCUACAGAGCCAGUCUGGUCUCACAGAGCUACAACGACCCAUCUGAGAUGAAACCCCCCCACUCUUCCACUACGUCUUCCCCCUCUCCUACCUCCAUGUUCUCUCCUAAACCUUCUGUUUACCCUGGUCACCCAGGCCAGCACUCCUCCUCCAGCUCACUCACCCAUCCUCUUCCUCCUCCUCAACACCCAGGCAUGUACAUGCCCUACCCUCACCCGUCACACCCUUCCCACGUCUCAAGCCCUGGUCUUGGCCCACAUGUGCCCCCUCCUCACGCCCAAAUCCAUCCCCAGCUCCAAGCUCUGUCCUCCAGAGGGACUGUGCCACGGGCCAGUGUCCCCCACCAGGGAGCCCUGUCCCUGGGUAACAUAGCAGCAGCGUCCACCCCUCCUCUUCAGGUGAGCCCUCCACUCCACAGCCAGGCACACCUGGGAGGGCUGCACAGUCCACAUCACCACCAGCACCAGCAGCUCAGCGGACACUCACUGGGAAUGACCCGCGCGCCUGCCAUCACACAGGGCUACCCUUCAUCUCUCCAGUCUGACUAUCAGCCAAUGGGAGGAGGUAUGCUGAAUAGUGGAUCAGUGAUGUCAUCAUCAGUGGACUACCACCAGCUUGGGCGUCACACACCAAACCACCACCCCUCUUUGGACUGGAGCAGCGAUUACCAUGGAGGUCAUCAGAGGGACAAACCUUUGUAUCUGAGCUAAUCUCAGAAUCAAAGGAUGCCAAAAGCCGACCCUCCUGCUGCCACGCCGUGAACCUCCUGCCACGCGUCCCCGUCAGCCCAGCUCAGCCUGGAUCGAACAUAUGGACUUAGAGUGGACUUGUUGACAAAAUGUGAACUAAACAUGAACUCGGCACUUAAACCCCCCCAGCAGAAGGAUAAUUAUGUAUAUUUCUUUAAGAUAAAACAGUGUUACCAAGUGACCCAAACAUCUGUUAUUGGCUGUAUCUUUCCUGCUGAUCUCUUACUGCAUAACUGCUCCCAUUUCAGCAUAAAACAUGUUCAUAAACAAGAAGAGGUUGUGCUGUGAACCAUGCAGACUGGU